AUGAAGAAGGAUAGUUAUAAGAAAUCUAAGCACGUAGAGAAGCUGGCUGAAAAAUUCAAAUCCACUGAUGAAGUUACUGAAGCUAUGAGGCGAGCUGGUUUAGAACAUUGUAACCUUAUUUUUGGUGUGGACUACACGGCGAGUAAUUAUAAGCAGGGUAAAAAGACUUUUGGUGAUAAAUAUUUACAUAAAAUAGAUCCAGAAGUACUCAAUCCUUAUCAAAAGGUUAUAAAAGUCUUGGGUAAAACGCUACAUUCAUUUGCUAGUGAUGGAACAAUACCAGCUUUUGGGUUCGGUGACAUGACUACCAAAGACAGGGCUAUAUUUUCACUUAAUACAUCUGGUUUGUGUGUAGGAUUUGAGGAUGUAUUGAAGACGUACGACAGAAUAACACCCACUGUCAGACCAAGUGGACCAACCAACUUUGCUCCACUGAUAUAUCAAGCUAUUUCUAUUGUUAAAGCGACCAGUGAGUAUCAUAUAUUAGUAAUAGUUGCUGAUGGCCAGGUUACCAGUGAGCGAGAAACAACAGAAGCUAUUGUGAACGCCUCAAAUUAUCCCUUGUCUAUUAUCAUGGUGGGUGUUGGAGAUGGACCUUGGGAUACCAUGGACGAAUAUGACAAUAAACUGCCUACUAGAAAAUUUGAUAAUUUUGAAUUUGUAGACUUUCAUAAAGUGACCGAAACUACUAAAAAUGCUGAUGCCUCAUUUGCCCUCCAUGCCCUGAAGGAAAUUCCAACUCAAUAUAAGGACAUUAAGGAUUUAGGAUAUCUAAAAUAA